AUUUAAAUUUUUUGUAUCUAAUUCCGUUCGGUAAUUCUUCGCUUGAACCAUAUUUGUAUUUCCAAGCUUACCCUACACAUUUGAGAUUGUCAUAAGUUUACUCAGUGUCGAUAAGCCAUUAGCCAUGAACAGCGAAAUUAUCUGAUCCAGAAAAAAUAAACUUUGAAGGUCGUAAUGAAUUUGCGAGGCUCAGCAUAUUCCAUAUCAGCUGACAGUCAUUCACUAACUCUUGUGUCGGGGAUCACUUUAUGGUGUAAUAUUUGUCCACUCUCUCUGUAUUUUUAGUGUUAUUUCAACCUUAACUAUCUGAGGCUGUAGAUACUGGUACACGAAAAUUUCCUUCAAGACUUCAGCUGACAUAGCUCUUAGAGAAAGAAAGUUUUGGAGCGCCUGAGUUUUCUUGCGGAAUUGCAAUUUUUAAGUUCUUUUUAGAAACAAAUUUUAUUGGCUCGAGACUAAUAAAAUUUUGGCUGGGAACUUGAAUUGACUUUUGAUUUGCAUGUGAUGAUUUUCAUUUGAUUGAGGAGAAUCAAUUUAAUGCUGCAUUUUGAGAGGCUUUCCACCUAAAUUUAUUUAACAUGCUGAUCAAGGACUAUCCCAAAAAUCUACCAAACUCUGAAUCAAAAAUAAUCUCUGCGCUACACAAUUGUGGCUCUUACUACCUGUCAAUUGCUAAUUCUGUUGGUUUUUAGUAUACCUAUGUCGGUUUGUCACUUCCAACACAAAUACAGAUUUUUCAUGUUAGAGACUAAUGGCCUAGAAUCAUCAGUAUACUUAUUUUCAAUACUUUUCUCUGUAAAUUUUGUAAGGCACUGAUAAGGAGAAUUUGUUUAUUAGUCAAGAGGUUUAGUUGGUGAUCAUUUAGUAUGACGUUAGACCCUUCAGUUUGAUUUAGAGGUAAUUUCAUGUGGAGAAAAUUAGGUGAUAGUCACUCUUAGGCGUCAGAGGGUUAAGCGACUGUACCUACAAAUCAGCAACUGACAGGCAUGCUGCUUGUCAGUAUAGAGAAAUCUUUUUCAGUUUGUCAACAACACUCUUAGACAUCAUUGUAUCUGUAUCACUAACUAAACUACAGUAACUGCAGGAUCACUUGUACUUUUGACAACCAGAUUUUGUAACUCCAUCCCAAGGGUCACCACCUUAUCGCGGUGGGAUGGUUUGUGUGUCUCAGUAACCCCUAGAGCUAUGUCGGCUGGAGUCUUGAACUCCUGGUAGGGUCACCCAUGCCGAACAGGUCGAAGGGUAGAGACCAGACAAAGUGUGAUCCCCUGGUGCUCCAGGCUGGGGGUUGGGUUUGGACUGUUAACCCACCCUCAUUAAAAUUAGACAAUCCAUCCUCUAUUUAAAUGGUCUUGGUGGCAGGACCCCACAGUAACAGGUUGACACCUUUAGACAUAACCAGGAAGGAAUCCACAAAUCUGACAAUGGUUGAUGAUAAUUGAAAGUUACUCUUGUAAGAUGGCUGGUAGUGACAAAAAACUAUAUAAGAGUCUGAAUGAAGGAUGUGCCCCUCAUGAACUUCAGGCCUUGUCACCACCACAAACUACACACUCAGCAAGCAUAUCACCUACCAACAGCAAUUACCCUGCAGUCCUUACUAGUGCACGGCAGAGAAGGCUGAGCACAGGAAGUCAAGAGGAAGCUGUGCUGUGUGACACAAUCAGUCGCAAGAUGUUGUUCUAUUUGAUUUCCACCCUGAAUGCAUCAUUUAACCCAGAUUAUGAUUUCAGUAAUGUGAAGUCUCAUGAGUUCUCGCGUGAACCAAACCUUCAAUUGGUGGUAGAUGCAAUCAAUGGGAAUCUGUCUGCCAUUAAUGGUGAGACAUAUGUUGCUCUCAGGGCAGGAUUGUGGAGUGCAAUUGAUGAAGAGAUUAAUCUGGUGGAGUGUGACAUAUUCAGCUACAAUCCUGAUCUUGACUCAGACCCUUAUGGUGAGGAAGGAAGCCUGUGGUCUUUCAACUAUUUCUUCUACAACAAGAAAAUGAAGAGAAUAUUGUUCUUUACAUGUAGAGCAACAAGGUCCAUUGCUCAAUACCAGUCUGAUGAAGAUGAACAGUUUGAAAUGGAACCCAUGGAUAUGGCAUUUGAGGAGUCCUCUUUUAGCCGGAAUUCUCCAAUUCUCAUUUCCUAAGUGAAAUCAAGUCAGUGUUGAGGAUUACUUUUCUUGGUUAUUAAAGAGAGGGAGGGAAAGGUGUUAAUUAUUGUUAUUAUUAUUAUUAUUAUAGCUAACCAUCAUGAUACAAUCUUAAAUGUUUCUUGCAAAGACCAUAUGUACAUAUGCAUGAAUACUGCCCACUUAUUUUACCAUCAUACACUUGUAAUAUAACCAUGGUUCUUUAUCAUACUCGCAUUUUGUACAGAAACAUUAGUAAGUUUUUUAACAAGUUUAUUUUAAGUGUAAGAUUCACACAUGUAUUUGUUCACUCUUUGGACUAGAGGGUAAUAACAGAUUUAAUGGAGGGGAAGUUUUUAGAAAUAUAAAAAAAAUGUGUGUGCGCAUCUGAUGUUCUGUGCCUGAGUGUAUGACAUGCAUCUGCUAGUUAACAUAUAUAUGAGUGGUACUGUACAUGUAGUUAUUCUUAACUGUUGAUUCAGUAUUGCAUUCAUGCAUACGUUAUCAAUUUUGGGUUCAUGAAGUUGUUUUGGUGUUUCUAUCAUCUUUGGAUAUAAAAUAAGUGCUAUGGCAAAAGACUGAAGUUUGCCUUGUUGAAAGUAACAGUUUAUCUUCUAUUUAAUAAUUGAGUGGUUAUUAUUGUAUAUGAACUGUGUGAUUAUAUUUGUCUACCAGCAUCACAGUUAGUUUAUACAAGUGUCCUUCACUAUGUUCAGACUUUGAAUGUGUAGAGUUGCAAACAACCUCUCGACCAAGAUGACUCUGAAUGGGUUAAUUGUUUGCUUACUGACAGCUUCUUACAAACAGAACUCUAGAAAUCCAAGCGGCAUGAUCAGCAAUAUUUUGCUGUUGCAAAUAGUUUCUAUUAGAGGUGUUUUGUUCCACAGACCAACUGAAAAGCAAAAACCAAGGGUUUGAUAUUGCAGGCUAAGCUAGCUGGUUUGGAGGCACAUUAAUUCUGUUUAAUCUAAAGUAACUUGCAGAAGGUAAUAUUUAGGGCACAUAGCUGUUGAUGUGUAAAUGCUAGAUUUUGUCAGCAGAUAAGUGCACUUUGAGCAGAUAGUAUGUUACUGGUAACCUGUAGUUGUUCCAUUCAACUACAGAUUGCCUUAUUUCUGACAACAAGGUCACUGUUCAAUUUUUGGUGUUUCCAUAUGUUUGCUUAAAUAAGUGUUGACAGCAAAAAUAUCACCAUCAACAAAUUGGCACUCCCAUGAGGGUUGAAAGGUUAACAAAAUGUCAUUCUUGUGAAGCACAUUGUGUUGCUUAGCAAGUUAAGGCAAUUUUCAUUCAUUAUAUCAGCAUGGAUAUUUAGGUGUGAAAGGCAUUUCAAAGAAACAUAUGUGGUAUGCUAUAACCACUAGGCUGGUACUGUUCCAAGGUUACUCUAGGUCAGUGCAGAAAUGCUUUACCUUAAAAGGUGCUAAUUAUGUAAAUUAGUAUACUUAGAUCUGUUUGCAAAUGUUGUGAAUUUUAUUGUGUUGUUGGUGAUUGUUGAGAAAAUUAUGCUGGUGUCUCAAAACUUUACUCCCAAUACCAAGCAUCAAAUAUCAAUUCUCUGCACUGUCGGCCAUACAUUUUGUAUGAGUUUAGCCAUGAUAAUUUUUUGUGAUAUCAAACAAUAUUCCCUGGUCUUUCUCAUCAAUUCUUAGUUUAAAACUGAACUUAUAUUGGAAAAAUUGCUUAUUGGUCACAGACUGUCUGCUGGAGUGAAUGAGUUAUUUUGGGUUUGUAGAAAAUGUUCUCAUGGAACAUAUCAUUUUCUGCAAACUGUAAGAUGGACUUAAGUAACAUGCAUAGCAGGUUUUAUUUGUUUUAGUAAGAACCCUGUCAGCGUUCUUACCAUUGUAUUUAAGAAAAUUUAGUCCAUAAGGUAAAUAUUCCAUUUUUGCUUCGCUUUUAGUUUUUAACAAUUUUACAUUUCAAUUUAAUUUUAUUACUUUCUCUAAGGUUAAAGUGUCAUUUACUUAACAGCCAGCAGAAGGGUUAUUAAAUUUUCACCAUGUACAGUUAUGUACUUUGGUUGUAAGGUUGUAUUAAACAGACUGAACAUUGGAAUUUUA